AUGUUGAAGACUUUCUUCAGACCAGUUGCACGUUUGACCCCAUCGAGGGCUUUGGCUACUGCUACGCAGCCUAAGAUCAAGAAGUUCCAAAUCUACAGGUGGAACCCUGACACUCCAGAAGUUGAGCCAAAGAUGCAAAACUACGAGAUCGACUUGAACGCCUGUGGUCCUAUGGUUUUGGAUGCUCUUUUGAAGAUCAAGAACGAGCAGGAUGCUACCUUGACAUUCAGAAGAUCUUGCAGAGAGGGUAUCUGUGGUUCUUGUGCCAUGAACAUUGGCGGACAAAACACAUUGGCAUGCUUGUGCAGAAUAGAUACAAACACGUCAAAGGACUUGAAGAUCUAUCCUUUGCCACACAUGUACAUUGUCCGUGACUUGGUGCCAGACUUGACCCAUUUCUACAAACAGUACAAAUCCAUCCAGCCAUACUUGCAAAGAGACACGCCUCCAGCUGAUGGCAGAGAGAACUUACAGAGUAUCGAAGACAGAGCCAAGUUGGACGGUCUUUACGAGUGCAUUUUGUGUGCUUGUUGCUCUACGUCGUGUCCAUCUUACUGGUGGAACCAGCAGCAGUACUUGGGCCCAGCCGUUUUGAUGCAGGCUUACAGAUGGUUGAUUGACUCGAGAGACGAGGCCAGCAAGUUAAGAAAGGAAAUGUUGCAAAACUCCAUGUCCUUGUACAGAUGUCACACCAUUAUGAACUGUGCCAGAACGUGUCCAAAGGGUUUGAACCCAGGCCGUGCCAUUGCCGAAAUCAAGAAACAGAUGGCCUUCGAUUAG